AUGUCGAUACAGACCGACCAUGAGGGUGGGGCCAGAUCUAGGGCUACUAAAGCGGCCGCCGCGCAAACCAACCAAAGGAAACGUGCGGCGGGGAAGAAGGCUGAGGUUGGAACGAAGAAGUCCGGGAAGAAGGCGGAGGACAAGGGGAAGCAACCAACGGCACGCAAGCGUGUUUCGGCCGUGAAGAGCGAUGCGGGUGUUGCCACUGCUGCCCUCGAGCCCGGUCCUUCCGACGACGGCACCAUCGGCGGGAACGAAGACCCUGGGCGUGGCGGCGUGAGUGUUGCCGUCCGGCCGGGGGACGGAGAGGGCUUGGCAACUGGAGGAAAGCACGACGAGGCUCCCGGCGACGACCAGGCCGCAACUGUGGUGUCCGUGGCAGAGGCAUCACAGCAGCAUAUGACGCUGCCCCCCCCCCCGUGGUCGAAGCAGAGGAAGAGCGAUGGGGAGGAGGAGUAUGACACCCCCGUGGCCGAGGACAUCCCCAUACGCGCAAAGAGGAGGCAGACGACAGCCAGCGGUGACGACGCCGGUGGUGCUGAAGUUGGGACAACGCGAGGCACCACGGAGCCAAGUGGCUUGGCGACAGAUCAUGCUUUGCGGCAAAAGGGCCGACCCGAAGACGACGAUGAUGAGGAGGAGCAGGAGGAUGAGGAUGGCGACGAGGGGAAGGAGAAGGAGGACGAUGAGGAUGAGGAUGAGGACGAGGAGGAGGACGAUGAGGGGGAUGACGAGCCUGAGGAGGAAAAGAGUGAGGAGGAGGAGGAGGAGCAGGAGGAGGAGGAGGAGGAUGAGGAGGAGGAGGAGGAGGAGGAGGAGGAGGAGGAGGAGGAGGAGGAGGAGGAGGAGAGGAGGAAGAGGAGGAGGAUGAUGCGUGAUAGUGUGAGGGCACACGGGGCUGCUGCUGAAGACGUUGAUCCCCUUGGCCAGAGAGGGGUUUCUACACACCCUUUUCCGGAUGUCAUGGAUGCGCUGGGCGAAGGUGCAGAGCAUGGGCAGUUUGUUACACGAGACGAGUUCCAGCAGCUACGGUCUGAGAUGUACGCCAUGUUUGCUCAGCUCGGCCUGCGUCGUGGAGCAACUGCCAGCUAUGCCGGGGGGACUGCAGUGGUGCCUAUGGCUGGUACCCCGCCGCCGAUGAGUGCCGUGGACAGGGCACGUGUGCUUGUGCUUCGGGAGACCAACCCAUUCCCGUAUUACCCUGCACCGGAGGAAGUGUUCGAGGCCUUCGCUGUCCACUUGUCUGCCGAGGGGCUAGAGUCAAUGAAGCUGCUGUGGUUGCACAACGACAAGUCAACCAUGGGUGUUUUCAACCACCAGAUGUCAUCAACCAGGUCAACAAUCAACACCACCCUCAGGCCAGCAACGUACGCCGGCAUGGGUCUCUCCGAUUACGCCAAUGCGGUGGAUUGCCUGCCCACUGAGCUACACCCAAAGAAGUGGUUCAACGACGAGCAACUCCUGGCGGAGUACAGAGAUGAACAGUGGGCCCUCAACUGGCACUUUGACAAGGCCACCGGAACACCCUUCAGCAACCCCUUGUUUGCUUAUGCGUUCAAGCUCUCCUUCAAGAGGAGCGGGGUCGUGUUCACCAAGUUCAAGAGCCGCAUGGUGGCAUGGGGCCUGUUUUCGCUGGAGCAUAUACUCGUUACCCCCCCUCAUACACCAUCCACCCAACCCUACACCACAUUGCAGAUCGAGUGGCCCCUUCUGCAGGACAAGCGCCGCAAGCGAAUUCCGGCCCAGCCGGAACAAAACAGGCCGGACUACUUCGAAUGGUGUGACAAGGUCAAACAGAUGAUACACUUUGCCGUCGUGGAGCGACGCAUCCCACACGAUCCGGCUCGGGGUGCGUUCGUCUUCCCGAACAAGUUCCUCAUCGACGAUGGCGACCUUGGAGAUGUUGUUCUUGCCCACCGGGCGCUUGCAGGGCCCACCAUUGAGUAG